AUGUCAAAGAGACCAUUAGAUUUUAAACCUUUAAAUAAUAAUGACAAUAAAAAUAAAAUUUUAAAAACCAAUAUAAAUGAUAAUUCACCUAUAAAUAAAACAAUAUUAACCUCAAAAAAUAUAUCACAAAUCAAUAGUUCAAAAGGUGUAUUUCAAACUCCACUUGUUAAAACUAUUACCUACAAUGAUAGUUAUACAUCUUUACUUCAACCAUUACAACCACAACAACAAAAACAACAAACAAUAAAUCAACCACUUCAAAGAAAAUUAUCACCACCACAACAACAACAACAACAACAACAACAACAACAACAACAACAACAACAACAACAACAACAACAACAACAACAAUUACCACCACCACAACAAACAAUAAAAUCUAUUCAACCACUCCAAGGAAAACCAUAUGUAAAUAAUAAAUCCGAAGGUUUAAUUGGAGCAUCAUCUUAUAGAUCGGUUUCAAAUAAUUCAACAGCAUUAAGCUCCACUUUAAAGAAACAAUCCUUAUCAACUAAUAAUAAAACAAAUAUACCAAAAAAUAAUUAUCAAAAUGAUAAUAAAAAAAUUAUCGGUAUUAUUAAUACUCAUAAUAAUAAUAAUAAUAAUAAUAAUAAUAAUAAUAAUAAUAAUAAUAAUAAUAAUAAUAAUAAUAAUAAUAAUAAUAAUAAUAAUAAUAAUAAUAAUAAUAAUAAUAAUAAUAAUAAUAAUAAUAAUAAUAAUAAUAAUAAUAAUAUAAAUGGUAUAAAUAAUAUAAAUAAUAAUAUAAACAAUAAAAAUAAUAAUGUAAAUAGUGUAAAUAAUAAUUCAAGUAAUAACAAAUCAAAUUCUGUUAGUGGGUGUUUAAUUAGUUUUGGAACACAAGAGUUUGAUAUUUCAACAAGUCAAUUCGAUUAUGAUGUUGAAAGUGGUAGUAGUGAAAGCGAGUCAUCAAUUGAGCUUGAAAAUUUUGAUUUUGAUUUGGCUUCAACUUGCAGUCAAUCAUUCAUAGAGGAGUUAAAUCAUAAUAUAGCUACGAAUUCUACUCAACAAAGAAAUUUAGCAGAGGCUUUUAAUAAUCCAAAUUAUCAUGAUUUGCUAUUUAAUAAUAAUAAUAAAAAAUCAACAACAACAACAACAGCAAUAACAACAACAAAAACAACAACAACAACAACUAACACAUCAUCACCAUCAAAAUCAUUAGUUAUAAAUAAAAAUAAUCAACAACAGCAACAAAAACAAAAAGAACAACAAAAAAUUGAAUAUAAAAUAAUUUGUGAUAAUCCAAAAUUAAUUAGUAAUGAUAUUGAAGAAUGUUGUGUUAAAAUAUUUGGAUUACCAAAAUCAGUUGGUACAAUUUAUAAGAGAAGAGGUAUGAAACAAUUAUAUGAUUGGCAAAAGGAAUGUUUAAGUGAUAGCAAUUUAUUAUUGGGUGAGAAUUUAAUUUAUUCAUUACCAACAUCAGGUGGUAAAACAUUGGUUGCAGAAAUAAUAUUAUUUAGAAAUUUAUUAAUAAAAAAUAAGAAAUCAUUAUUUAUUUUCCCAUUUGUUUCAAUUGUAUGUGAAAAAACAGAAUCUAUGCAUGAGUUUUCAAGUGCAUUACAAAUUCCAGUUGAAGGUUAUCAUGGUUGUAAUGGAACUAUACCAGUUUUACCAGGAAAAAGAUUACUAAUUUGUACCAUUGAAAAAGCAAAUAUCAUAGUUAACCAAUUGAUUGAGGAUGGUAGGUUAUUGGAUAUUGGUUGUGUUGUCGUCGAUGAAAUUCAUAUGAUUGGUGAUGGUGAACGUGGCCAGUUAUUAGAAGUUUUAAUUAGUAAAUUGUUAUAUAUGUCAAAGGGACAAAUUCAAAUCAUUGGUAUGUCUGCAACCAUACCGAAUAUUGAUAAUCUUCAAAAAUGGUUUAGAGGUGGCGUUUAUCAAGGUACAUUUCGUCCAGUUCCGUUGACAGAGUACAUUAAAAUUGGUGAUAAACUAUAUGACAAAGAGAAUAACUUGGUCAAAAGCCUCCAAGGCACAGAAGCGAAUGAAAAUCAUACUCUUCAAUUAUGUCUAGAGGUUGUACCAAAGCAUUCAGUAUUGAUUUUCUGUGCAUCAAAGUUACUCACUGUUUCAUUGGCACUUCAAUUGGCAAAGAGUUUUCCUCAGGCAAUUCUAGAUAAUAGACGCGAUGAAAGGGAGAUAUUAAUACAAUUGAUAGAAUCUUCUAAUGGUUGUAAAGUUGAAGAGGAUUUCAAACGGAUGAUUAUGGCUGGUGUUGCUUAUCACAAUGCUGAUUUAACAAAUGACGAAAGAGAAGUCAUUGAAAGAGGGUUUAAAGAACGUUCCCUCUUGGUAUUAUGUGCAACAUCUACAUUAAGUACUGGUGUUAAUUUGCCUGCCCGAAGAGUAAUUCUAAGAUCACCAAGAAUGGGUAGGAAUGUUCUUGAUAUUAGAUCCUAUCGUCAAAUGGUUGGUCGUGCUGGUCGUGCUGGUAUUGAUGAAUUUGGUGAAUCAAUUUUAAUGUGUGAUCAUUUCGCACCCGAUAAAGCAAAGAAACUUUUAACCUCACCAAUGGAUCCAUUGUUGUCAAGUAUUAAUAAAAAUGUUGAAUCAUUUCAAAAGAUAAUUUUGGAUUCCAUUUGUUCAGGUAUUGCUUCAGAUAAAUUUUCAAUACUAUCAUUCUUUUCCUAUACAUUUUAUUCAACUCAUUUAUUACCACCAAAAGAUAUGACACCCUAUGAAUACAUUCGUAAAUUAGUUAAUGACUCUGUGGAGGCAUUGAUAAAAAGUGGCCAUAUUCAAAUUUCAUGUAAUCAACCAGAUCCAAAUGAUAAGAAAACCAUUGGUACUGCAAAAUUUGAUUUAGAUGGUAAACCAACUGAAGAAUCAAUUAGAUACGAGUAUACACCAUUGGGUUAUGCUUGUUUUAGAUCGGGUUUAUCAAUUAAAAAUGCAAAAUUCCUCUAUGACGAGUUAAGGAUAAUUCAAAAUGGUGCAGUUGUUAUCUCUGAACAACUUCAUAUGUGUUAUAUUAUAUCACCAGUUCAUAAUAUUCCAGAAAUACCCGAUCUUGAUCAAUAUGGAAAGUUUCUAAGUAAAUUAAAAGGUCCUAAACAAUUGGUUGCUAAAUUAUUGGAAAUUAGUGAUCAAUAUGUUUAUUAUAAACAAUUGGAUGAAAUGGCUAUAACUUUUCAAGAGGAGAAUCGGAAUAGACGUUUCUUUUCAGCGAUGGUAUUAAAUGAUUUAAUUCAUGAAGUACCACUUUCAAUGGUUUCAACAAAAUACAAUUUAAAUCGUGGUACAGUUCAAAGUUUAAUGAAUGGUGCUGCAUCUCAUGCUUGGAUGGUUUCAUUAUUUUGUAAGAAAUUAGGGUGGGUUGAAUUGGAAGCAUUGGUCAAUUUAUAUAUUCAACGGUUAGAUAAAGGCGUUAGACAUGAAAUCGUACCUUUGGUAGAAAUAAAUGGUGUUAAACAAGCUAGAGCUAGAGCUUUAUGGGCUGCUGGUUUUAAAACUGUAAAAUCUAUAGCAUUGGCAUCACCUGAAGAAUUAAAUAAAGCAGUUAAAUUGGGUAAAUUUAAUUCAAUUAGUAUAGCUGCAACAAUAAUUAGAGAAGCAGGUAAAUUAUUGGAAAGAAAAUCUGAAGAAUUAAGAGCAAAAGCAGAUGAAUUAAUAUUAGAUAUGUCUAUUAAAUCAACAAAAACAACAACAACAACAACAAAUUAUCCAGAUGAUAAUGACUUUGAAUCAAAUUUUAUUGAAUGA